UCUCGUUCAUUUCCUAGAGCCCCCUCUGUUUCGUUUCUCUCUUGCAUGGUUAUUGGAGAACACAGAAUGUACAAAAAUCACGUAAAAGACAGCAACUGCAAUAAAAGCCUCCUCUCUGACCAAAAGGAGAAGCUUGUCCAGGCUAUUAAAAGAAUCAAGCAUGAGGUAGACGAGUGCAUGGAAGCAGAAACAGACAUGUACAUAGAGUCACGGGAGGUCGAGGGCAGGUUUGAAGACCUGGAACGAGAAAUCAGAGCUGAGUUCAAGAACCUCCAUCGCUUCCUGGAUGAGGAGGAGUGUACAGACCUGGAGCGACUGUGGAAGGAAAGAGAGAAACAAGUGAAGCUACUGAAGGAGAGAGAGAGGAAGAUCGCCAGUCAGCGAAGGGACCUGGAGAGGGCAAUCAUGACGCUCAACAGCAAACUGGCCGAGGAAGACAGCACUAACCUGCUCACAGAAAUUCAGGAUCUCGUAAAAAGGUCUCAGGUCAGCUUCAUCCCCCCGGCAGAGGUGGAGACAGAGGUGCGCUCCGGUCGGUUUGUGGGCCCCAUCCAGUACCGAAUAUGGAAACACAUGAAAAGUUGCCUUUAUCCCAAUAUCACCUCGGUGACCUUUGACCCUGAGACAGCCCACCCCAACGUCACAAUAUCCCCUUCUCUCACAUCUAUGUGGUUUGAGGAGGACAAAGACGUGACGAUGUGCCUGUCAAACCCACGGAGGUUUAAUUAUUACUACAGCGUGAUGGGGAAACAGGGCUUCACCACAGGGCGGCACUACUGGGAGGUGGACGUCGGCUACAAGACGGCCUGGAGGGUCGGCGUGGCACAGGAAGACAUCCAGAGAGGGGAAAUUGUCUCCUCCAGCAGCCUCUGGACCCUGUCCUUGAAAGGAGGAGCCGUACUGGCCUGCACCGAACCACAGCCCACCAAGAUCAACGUCUCUGCCCGCCUCCAACGGAUCGGAGUGUUCCUAGACUGUGAUAAGGAGGAAGUGUCUUUCUAUAAUGCUGUUACCAUGGCGCCAAUCUUCACCUUCAGCAUGGACACUGUCCUGGUCCCUCUGUUCCCUUUCUUUAAUCCAUGUGAUACAGAUGAUGGGGAGAAUAGGGGCCCCAUUCACAUCUUUAGCCCCUCGCUAUGAUGGGGAUUGGGGGGGCCGUGCUCACCAGCUUGAGUGCUGUAGUUUAGCGGUUAAAUCGAUAAGGUGAACAACUUGCUAAUUUUAUAUUUUUAUGUACUUAGUAUUUUAUUUACAUGUUGUAAAUAAAGAGGAUUUAC